AUGUUGGCUAAAAAGGAGGCGAACAGGGAACAGGAGAGGACUUCCGUCUCACAGAGGCUAGAAGAAAACAAAAUGAUCUCCGGCUUCCACGAAAGCCCGAGAAGAAGGUCGAAACAGUGGGGUAAGGAGGUUCACAGGGACUUCCUUUGUAGGGUACACCUGCGACAGCACCGCACUGACGUGACGGAGUGGCGGCCCCACAAGAUCGAAUCGGACGCGAAACCUUUGGUAGCAACGCAACUAACCUCCAGUACAUCACCUGGACGAACUCUAAAGUCAAAAUUAUCGAAAUAG